AUGUCUUCUGCAAUAGUUUCAUCAAUAAAUUAUAUUUCAAGUCAAAUCUAUGUUUAUGCUGGUUUACCAAUUGUCAUUAUUGGAGUUUUAGGUGGAAUAUUAAAUAUAAUUAUUUUUCUUAGUCUUCGAAUAUUCCGAGAAAACUCAUGUGGAGUUUAUUUAAUAAUAAUGUCAUUAGUCAAUAUUAUUCAAUUAUUGAGUGGUUUUUUCUAUCUUAUUCUUGUUAAAGGAUUAUUAAUCAAUGGAAUAAGUGUAAACGUAGGUAGUUGUACAAUAAGAGUAUAUACUGUUCAAAUUUGUGCACUUAUUUCCAUGUCAUGUAUUUGUAUGGCUUUAGUUGAUCAAUAUAUGGCAACAUCAAAAUAUAUUCGAUUACAACAAUGGAGUCAUCGAAAGAUUGCUUAUCGUUUAUGUGCAAUAAUUAGUCUCUUUUGGAUAAUAUAUUGUUCUCCUCAUUUAAUAUAUUAUAAUGCAGUAUUCUCACCAGCAACAAAUUCAUCGAUUUGUACAAUUACAAAUGGCAAUUAUCAAAGUUAUGUCAAUCAUUUUUAUACUCCGAUUUUAUUAGAUGCAUUUCCUCUUUUAUUUAUCAUUAUUUUUGGAUUAUUACUUUAUAGAAAUAUGAAACAAAUAUCUUAUCGAACAGCAGUACCUCUUGUUCGUCGUCAACAUGAAAUUCAAAUAACAUCAAUGGUUCUUAUACAAGCUUUGAUUAGUGUUUUAUUAAUUUCACCGUUCUUUAUAUUAACUACACUUACAAGUAAUAUACAAUUCAGUAUUGAUCCUAUCAUUAAUGCUCAUAUACAAUUAGUCUUAGGUAUAACAAUAUGUAUCUAUUAUUCAUACUAUACGGUACCUUUCUACAUUUAUAUUUGUGUAUCAAAGCGAUAUCGACAACAAUUCUUUCAUGUACUUUACACGAUGUAUUUUCAGCGAUGGUGCAAGCCAACAAAUGACAUUAAUCAAGUUGCACCUGAACUUUAA